GUGUUUGCCCUAAUCAACAUCAGUCAGACGCACUCGCACACUUUGAUGGAACGUCAGUGGAAGCGGAUACUUCGAACCUUCACGAUUUCCACGUUUACAUUCGAAAAUUACCCGCCCUUUCAAAGUUUGAGCAGCCCUGUCUAAUAAUGCCUGACACACACACUUAUAUGUUAUAAGUAUAAGACCGUGUGCAGAUCAUUUUGACAACCUCACCUGCUUAACUACCUGCGUAUAUCGCUGACUUUGCAAAACGAACGAAACAAAUAACGAUCAUUAUAAAUAAAAAACAAGUUUGAAUGCCGAAAACUGUUGCGUAUAACCACUCCCGCGCAAUCGUUACACAUGCAGUCAAGGCUGCGGUUUAUCAAGUGACCGACGCGCGCGGCUGUUGAUAAUGUUGUUUAUAUCACAACAAAAAUAAUAAAUAAAUAGAAAACUGUGAAAUAUUGUGAUAAAGAGAUAAGGAUUGUCGAAUAACACUGGUUGUAUCCUAAGUCAUGGCACCAAACUCGGAAAAACCGGCUACGGAUCGACGACAAGUCAGCUUCCCCCAUUUAGAAUACCCGGUAACGCGCGAGGAGGAGCCACGUACUCCUCAACAGUGGCUGAAGGGCAAGCGGCUGCAGGACGGCGCACAGGAUCUGUGGAGAAUACAUGACUCGCUAUACGACUUGACCAGUUUUGUGGACGUACAUCCCGGGGGUACACAGUGGAUCACAGUUACUAAGGGAACUGAUAUAACAGAAGCAUUCGAAACACAUCACCUUAAAGGCCUUGCCGAAGAACAACUACCCAAAUACUUCGUCAGAAAAACUGACGCACCAAGAAACUCUCCUUUUACGUUCGUCGAAGACGGUUUCUACAAGACUCUUAAGCUGAAAGUGACUGAAAAGAUAAAGGAAAUUCCUAAGAACGUCAGAAAGCGUAGUGACUUUGUCACUGACAACUUAUUGGCUGCUUUUGUGGCGGUCAGUUCACUGUCGUGUUGGAUGAUGAACAGGAACAUUUGGGUUGGACUAGCUUUGAUCCCGGCUAGCGGUUAUCUUCUGUCAAGUCUAGUGACCUGUUCCCAUAAUUACUUCCAUAGACGGGAUAACUGGAGAAUGUAUAUAUUCAACCUUAUAGGGUCCUCCUAUUCAGACUGGCGUAUAUCACACGCAAUGUCGCAUCACUUGCAUACAAAUACAGCUCAAGACAUUGAGCUUAGUGUGUUAGAGCCUUUUCUACUGUUCCUGCCGUACAGAACCAAGUCGCUGUUCGAGCAACUGGCUGCCUUGUAUUGGCCUGUAAUUUACUCAGUUGCAUUGGUGGUGCAAUUGAUUAAGGAAGUCAUUUGCUGCGCGGUAAACGUCGAAGGCAAGCAGUUAACCCUAGCCAAUGCGAUUCCCUUCCUCGUGCCCACGUGGAUGUGGUACUUUGGAGGUCUCCCCCUGCACUGGACGCUGGCAGUCUGGGUUUCCACGCUGACGUUCGCCAGCUUCUUCUUUGUAAUGUUCGGACUGACUGCAGGUCAUCAUGCACAUGAGAACUUUUUCGAGGGUGACAAGCCGAGGGCUGAGUACGUAGACUGGGGACUUCACCAGCUCGACACGGUGGUCGAAAGGAUCGACUACGCGGGAAAUCACUUCAAGUCUCUGACGCGGUUCGGCGACCACUACCUCCACCACCUAUUCCCGACGCUGGACCACGCCGAGCUCAAAUACCUCUACCCCAUACUUUACGAGCAUUGCAGCAAGUACGAGGAACAACUGCGGACCACGACGUUCUAUAAAGCAUUGAUAAGUCACUGUAAGCAAUUAAUUAGAAACACGCCACAUGAUUUCACAGAAAAAAAUCGGAAGUGAGUUGUUUUCUUGUUAUAUGCAUGAAUAAUACAUACAUAUCUAUGAAGAAACCGAGCCGUUCGUCCAAGUGUGAGUACUGUAUUAUUACGUCAACAUUUACAUUACAGGACAUACGAGAGAUACUUCUAGGAUAUAGAUACUAGGAUCAGUGACUGGUCAGUUUAUAAAAAAACUCACAUAGGUAGGCAUUUUACCAACAAAGUAAAAACUUUAAAAAACCUGUCUUGCCUGUAGUUGUGUAUAGUUUAUAAAAACGCAUUGUAUAAAUUACCUCGUAUUUAAUUUACUACAUGUAUGUUAUUGUAAUUUGAAUCUUAAGGCCGAGUAGGCGCCACUUGCACCAUCCUACUAACCCGGGGUUAAGCGGUAAAACCGUUCCAGUGUCAAAUUGUACUGGAAACCAUGGUACUUCAGGUUUAGCCGGUUAAUACCGGGAUAGUGGGAUGAUGCAAGUGAUGCUAAAAGAGUAUUGUUCGUGUUGCAAACUUUUCAGUUAACUUUUUUCAUGACCAAAGUAUUUAAGUCAUACAAAUAUUUGAAAAAAUCCGCCAAGUGCUAAUUGGACACGCUAUAUAAGUUUCGUGCUAUCACACAUUGUUGUACAAUGUUUUAUUUUAUUCUUAAGACCGACUCACGUGUGCCCUUUUUAUUAUUUGAUGUUUUCUAGUAUAUUUUUCUUUAUUAUGACAUCGAGUGAGGUUUUUAUGUAUAACCACUCCAUACGGGAUACAAUAAAAUCAAAAAUAAGAUUUUUGUAUGAGGGGCCAUUAAUAUAUAAUUUUAUUAAAUUUGUAUCAUAAUAAUUUGUGUAAUUUGUAUUUGUGUAAUUUGUAAGGCAAUAGAAAACACGCAAAAAAUCUGUAUACAUAUAAUAUUAUUGAGAUAGGCCUCACAGACAGGCAGAUAAACGGUCGGACAACUAAGUAUACUGAACCAUAAAACGACCCCUUCUCCUUCAGGGUGAACCCUUCGGGUACGGAACCCUAAGCAUAGAGUCAAAAACACUUAUAAACACAAUGCCAAGAGAAGGGUUAAAUUAUUUAGUUGUUAAUAUUAAAGCGACAAUUUGAGAACUUUUAUAAACCUAUUAUUUAAGCAUAAUUUAUAUGGAAUAAGUAUGUUACGUUAAUGCCAUCUUAGCCAUUGUUAUAUCUAGAUAUAAAAAUAACGUCGAAUACAUAUAUAUUGCUAUCAUGCCAUUAACAUAUGUAUUUGACGUUUUCAGACAAAAUAUACAUUGACGGUUAUUGAUAAAACGAUUAUAAUUGCAAUUUUAUCGCAAUAGUGUUUUAUUGGCAGCCAACAACAAAAUAUAAUUUGCUCGCAAAUGGUACAUUUAUGUUUGUCUAUGUUAUACCUAAACUAUCUUUAAUAAUAUUGUAUUGUAUUGCUAGUAAUAUUUUAUUGCUCAAACAUUAGUUAUUGAUUAAUAUGGCUGUGGGUUGUGUAAUAUUUUGAUGUCAAUCAACUUUAGUAACUACGAAUAAUAUCCUAAUGUGAAUGAUCUCUUAUGACAUGACUAAUAAAAUAUAAUUAAAGAAA